GGCCUUAAAAGCGGCGGGCCACGGCGCUCGCCACUCUCCUCUGCUCGUCUCUGCAGCAUCAUGGCCUUCGUCGCGUCCUCCUCCCGCUCCAUCAAGUCCUCCAUGGGGGGCUCCAUGAUUGGCUCUCGGAUGAGCGCCGGCAGCGUUUACGGUGGGGCUGGGGGCCAGGGUGUCCGAACCUCCGUUGCAGACGGGGGGUAUGGGAGGAGCUUCUCCUCUGCCAGUUUCAGUGCAGGCGGCGUGGAGGACAGCCUCAUCGGAAACGAGAAGUUCACCAUGCAGAACCUGAACGACCGCCUGGCCACCUACCUGGAGAAGGUCCGCCGGCUGGAGAAGGCCAACGCCGACCUGGAGCUGAAGAUCCGACAGUUUGUGGAGAGCAAAGUGGGUCCCACCACCAGGGACUACAGCCACUUCUUCAAAACCAUCGCCGAGAUCAGAGCCAAGAUUCUGGAGGCCACCAGCAAGAACGGUGCGGUCCACCUGAGCCUGGACAACGCUCGCCUGGCUGCAGACGACUUCAGGACCAAGUACGAGACGGAGCUCAGCAUGCGGCAGUCUGUGGAGGCCGACAUCGCCGGGCUCAGGAGGGUCCUGGACGAGCUGACGCUGAGCAAGAGCGACCUGGAGAUGCAGCUGGAGGGUCUGAGGGAGGAGCUGGUCUUCCUGAAGAAGAACCACGAGGAGGAGCUGCUGGCCCUGCGGGCUCAGAUGAGCGGGCAGGUGACCGUGGAGGUGGACGCCGCGCCCACUCAGGACCUCAGUAAGAUCAUGGCGGAGGUCCGGGAGCAUUACGAGAUGAUGGCUGACAGGAACCGCAGAGAUCUGGAAGUCUGGUUCCAAAACAAGACAGAGGCGCUGAACAAAGAUGUUGUGGUUCAAACCUCAACGCUGCAAACGUCCAGGAGUGAAGUGAGUGAGCUGAAGAGGACGCUCCAGUCGCUGGAGAUCGAGCUGCAGUCGCAGAUGAGCAUGAAAGCGUCUCUGGAGGGCACCCUGGGCGACACUCAGGCCAGAUACGCCCUGCAGCUGCAGGGGUUCCAGAACAGGGUGUCGAUGCUGGAGGAGCAGAUUGCAAGUUUGCGGUCAGACCUGGAGCGGCAGUCGAACGAAUACCAGAUGCUUCUAAAUAUCAAAGAACGGUUGGAGAUGGAGAUCAGCGAGUACCGCCGGCUGCUGGACGGGGACACCAGCAGCGCCGUGUCCAAGACCUCGUCCUCGACCUCGUCCGUCACAACAACCAAGCGGGUGGUGACAGUGGUGGAGGAGGUGGUGGACGGGGUGGUGGUGAGCAAAAGCUCGACUUCCUCCACCCUCUGAGGAGCAGCUCCUCCUCCUGGUCGAUAAAACAAUAAAAGUCUGGA